GUUAUAGAUAUACCUAUUUCUGGUGUCUCCUUUUAUUAUACCUAGAGAACAGAAGUUUCAACAAGCGGAACAUUAAGAACUAUUUACGCAGGAGACAAUCUCUCCAGCACGCAUAUAGCGCAGGAAAAGUCUGCAAUUUAGAUUUUUAGUUGACCCGCAUAGUUUUCCUGCAGCAUUGACCUGCAGCGUUUUCAAAAUAAAUAUGGAGGCGAUGUGAUGUGAAAAUGGCUAAGAGAAUAUUUUUUUGUUUUUACUUUUAUAAUUAUGUAAAUAUUUAUUUAAAUCCUGAUCAUAUAAACUACUCGAUCUAACUAAGCUCGUUUUAAUCUUUAUAAAAAAGAGGCAUUACAACACAGUUCUGGGGAAAUAACACAAAAGGGAAGCGAUUCGGUUUCACGACGUCAUAACAAUUUUUUUGGAGGUGAAAAGUUUCCGUAUUUUAGGUGAAGAAAGUGCAGAGUUAAGCAUAUUUUGGAAAUUUAAGAACAAUGUUAGGAAUUUUGAGCAAAGAUAAUUUUUUGGAGCAAAAUCUAGCAAGAUUGCUAGCUAAGCAUCAUUUCCAGACAAAUUUUUAUUGUGGUUUUACCUUUCGUUGCUAGCUAAUUAUUCUUCCAUUUCCACAUUUUUUAGCACCCUGUGAAAUUACAAAAAUGGCGGAUGUAGCACAAAUGCGAUUCGUCAACUAAGUAAAAUGCCAAUCAUCACUACGUCAACAAGCCGAACCGAAUCGUCAUAAGAGACGGUUUCCCUAACACUGUAUGUAAAACCUAGAAAAUCGUUUCCUAAACCUAGUUUUGACAAGCCGUAUCCGAUAAAGGGUAAUAGUUUCCCCUGUUUUUAAAAUAUUAGGAAGCACGGAAAUGGAUAGUAAUAAAAGAUUUUUUCAUCAAAGGGUAUCAUAUUUUUAAAAUCACUCGCCAUAGUAGCAUACCGUAAUGCUUUGAAUAAACGCCCCCUUCUAUUAAACGCUCCCUCGAAUAGACGGCCCUCCUUUUCAGUCAUUUUUUAAAUAAACGCCCUCCUCGAAUAGAUGUCCCCUUUGAAUAAAGGCCCCUCCCUUAUAAGGGGCAUUGGGGCAUUUAUUAAAGGCGAUAGUAAAAGUAUACUUACUUACUUCCUAAAUCUUAGGUUUAGGGUUGGAAGUUUAGCUUUUCGCUUUUGAAGUCCAUACUCUAAAACAUGUGAAUAUCUUUUAUUUUUUGUUGUGAAGAUAUAUAUUAUUAUUAUUAUUUCCGAAUUUAUAUACAGGAUGAGUAUGUCAGUAAAAAAUACUGUUAUAAAUAUACGUCCUGUCAAUCCUGUUAUAGAUCUGUUAUAGAUAUUCUUAAAAACUUCAAAACAGACGAAGAGUAAAAAUUUAACAAACGCUCCCCCUUUUAAACGCCCCCUCAAAUAGAAGCCCCUCCCAAAAAAAAAAAAAUGUCAAAAAAUUUAUUAAACGCCCCAGGCGUUUAUUUGAAGCAUUGCGGUAACAGUGGAAAAAGAAGUCUGCAAUCAAUUCUCUCCCUUUGCUGUGAUAGUAAUAAAAUGCCAAUAUGAGAAUAAAUUGCCCCAGAACUUCAUGAAAAAACCAUCAGAGUUAACAAAAGAGGACAACCAAAACAAGUUGUGUGAGAUAUUGCAGGCAAAGUAGACGGAGAAAUUCCUGUGAACCUGCAUGUUUUUUUUGCAUUGUGGAAAACGGUGACCCCUUAACUUUCAAAAUCCUGAGGAAUAUACUUUCCUAAGAAACGUAAUGAUCAUACACCCUGUGAAUAAUAAGAAUUAAUUAUUAACAAUCAAUGAAAGCCUAUACAAAGCCAACCAGUACAGCCUAGCUAAUCUACCAACUCCUUACCAAAGAUAAAGAAUUACAUCGACUAGGAUAUCAUCAUCAACACAGCCCCUUUGUAGUUAGUAACCACAGAUUACAGCUGACUUCUAGCCAUGCGAUCCUUCACUGGUGCAUAUGAAACAACUUUGCAUAAUUGCACUUACAAGCAGAACAGAUGGCAGGAAGCAAUGAUAUUCUUCAUCUAAGUGUCAAUAAUGAUAAAAGUUGUUUUGCUUGUGGAGUAGAGAAUGGUUUCUGUACAUACAAUAUUGAACCAUUGAGCCAGCUACUUAUGCAAGACAUUCCCGACUGUGGUGGCAUAGGGAAGGUACAGAUGCUGAACAGGACUAAUUUAAUCGCUAUUGUUGGGAACGGAAAGCAUAUGAAAUAUCCCAAAAAUAAAGUGUUCAUUUGGGAUGCCAGCCAAAAAAAAGCUGUGGUUGAGUUAACUUUCGAUUCAGCUGUUUUGAACGUACGUCUUCGUAAAAAUAUGAUCAUUGCUGCUCUCAAAGACAAACUUUAUGCUCACAGUUUCCCCAAUGAUUUAAGCAUGUUAUUUUGUUACAAAACAAGAGAUAAUCCAAAAGGGAUAUGUGAAAUCUCAACUUCACUCGACAAUCAAUGGUGUGUAUUUCCAGGACCGAAAGCUGGAAGUAUUCAACUAGUUGCCUUAGAUGUUAAGCAGAUGGGUGUUUCGUCCAGUCCCUGUAUCAUAAAUGCUCAUCAACACGAGAUUGCUUGUUGCGCCAUAAACCAACAUGGUACGCUAGUUGCGACAGCUUCGAAAAAGGGAACACUAAUUCGUGUGUUUGAAAUCAAAAACAAACGACAAGUCAUUGAGCUCCGGAGAGGUGCUGACCCUGCAGCUUUAUAUUGUAUAAACUUUAGCCCAGACUCUGCUUAUAUAUGUGCGUCCAGUGACAAAGGCACCGUCCACAUAUUUGCUGUUCAAGAUUCAUCAAUGAACAAACGAUCUACACUGUCAAAAGUCGGAUUAUUUGGAAAUUAUGUGGAAUCUCAAUGGGGCUUGGCCAAUUUCUCUGUGCAGGCGGAAUGUCCUUGUAUUUGCGUGUUCGGACCAAAUGCCAGUGUAAUUGCGCUUUGUUAUGACGGUUCGUUUCAUAAGUAUGUUUUUACAAAAGAUGGAAACUGUAACAGAGAAGCAUUCGACUUGUAUUUAGACUUGGGUGACGACAAUAAUUUUUUGUAAAUAGUUGCUGAUAGUUUCGUGGAUAUCAAGAUUGUCUGUGUCAUGGGAGAUAAUAUGUUGAUAUUUUAAAAAAUGUAUAAAUGAAGAUGACAAUUUUCAUCGCAAAUUUUGAUACAAAUUA